AUGCCUCGAUCGCCUUCACCCGACCAUCGGAGGGAAAGGGAAAGAGACAGAGAUAGGCGAGACAGGGACAGGAAUAGGGAUGGAGACGAUGAUAGGAAAGCAUCCAGCUCAAGACGUGAUGAGAGGGAUAGGGAUAGAGACAGGGAUGGGUCUAGAAGAGACAAUAAAGAUAGAGACAGAGACAGAGACAGACACAGAGAUAGGGGAAGAGAUAGAUACGAUGAUGAUGAAAGAGAUAGGAAAGAGAAGAAGCGUGAUAGGAGUCGAAGUAGGAGUAGGGACAGAAGUCAUAAAAAGGACAAGAAACGAAAAGACUCUCGAAGUCCAUCACCGUCUGCCGUCGCCAAAUCCAAACGGAAAGAAGCCAAAGCAGCGGCCAAAGCAGCCUCAAGAAGAGAAGCUGAAUUAGAACAAUCAAGAGCUUUAGCCGAAUUAUCAAUGUACAGCGCCACCGAUAAUCCUUUCCACGAUGCGAAUCUAGGAGAACAAUUCAAGUGGGGUAAGAAAAUCGAUAAAGAAAAGAAAGCAGGAAUGUCCGCGGACGAAAUUUCAAGGAAAGAUGCAAUAAGGAGACAAGAAGCUAAAGAAGAAUUAGAAAGAUUGAACAAGAGAAGAGCUGAAAGAGAAGUAGAAUUACAAUUAAGGGAAGAAGAAGAAAACAGAAUGAAAAGAUUAGCGGAAGAUGCACAAAUGGCAGAAUGGAUAGCUAAAGAAGAUGAUUUCCAGUUGGAGCAAUCAAGAAGAAGAGCAGGUAUAAGAUUAAAAGAACAACGUGCAAAAGCAAUCGAUUUCUUAGCUAUCAAUCUGAGAUUCGCAGAUCCAAAAUCCGUAGCAUCAAUCACCACAACAGCCGUUGGAACAUUAGCGAAUCUAGAUGAUCCGAAUUCAGUCAGGAAAUCAGAAAUUGAUAGACAAGAGGAAGAAGAAGGUUGGGGUUGGGCAGAUGCAGGUUUCGAAUUUGAAAUUGAUGAACCUUGGAAAAUAUUCGAUAAUUUAAAUCUUGAAGACUGUGUUGAACUGGAAAAUGAUAUCAAAAUGUAUCUGAGUUUGGAAAAAUCGCCUAUCAACAUUGAAUUUUGGGAAGCGAUGCAAGUAGUCUGUGCAUAUAAUCUCGAAAACCUUCGCGAACCCGAACGUGCAGAGGGAGGGAGGUUGUUCGACAAAGAAGUUGACAAAUCAGCAAGUAAUAUCGUGUCUGGACUGAGUCUUCAACGAUUAAUCGAAUUGGAGAAUAGAACAAACUCGAUGCUGAGAAGCGGUCAACCUGUUGAUGGUGAAUUCUGGGAUCUGGUUUUGAGAAAGAUCCAUGUCGAGAAAGCUAUCGCCAAGCUUAACUCAAUCCACGAAGUCGUAUUGAAGAAUAGACUGGAACAAUUCAAGCGUCGACAACGAGAGGAUGCAGCCAAGGUCCAAGCAGAAUUAGGAGGAGUUAUAGUCAACAAAAACGAGAAUCAAUUCGGUGGUGAUAUGCAUGCUGAUGCAGGUGAUGUUGCUGAGGAACUGGAAGACAUCGAAGAAGAUGAAGACGAAGAUGAUUACGUUGAACCUUACGAUACAGAAAUGUCACCUCCGCCUGCCGAUCCAAGGACAAUGAUCUUGGACGAAAGACGACUACCUAUUGUAGAUGAGGAAGAUGAGUUGAGGGCUCUGUUCGCCGCCAGACAUUCAAUAACUUCAUCCACGUUCAUUCCUAAACAUGCUAGACCAUCGGCCACCACGGUCGAGUCAGUAUCGAGACCUUCCGCAGCAGAUUUAGAAGCAGAAAGGAUAUAUAGGGCAGAGGCAGAAAGAGAAAUGAACGAAUAUGGAUCAGACGAAGACGAUGAAGAAUUCGGUGAUUUGGAUGACGGAUUAGCGAUUCCUUCAACAUACGAUUGGUCAGAUAGAUAUAGACCGAGAAAACCAAGAUUCUUCAACAGGGUUCAUACUGGUUACGAAUGGAGUAAAUACAAUCAAACUCAUUACGAUUCCGAUAAUCCACCUCCUAAAGUUGUCCAAGGGUAUAAAUUCAAUAUCUUCUAUCCUGAUCUAAUUGACAAAUCCAAAGCACCUACAUAUUACCUCAAACCUAUUCCUGAUGACCCAGAAACCACAAUGAUCGUAUUCACUGCUGGACCACCAUAUGAGGAUAUAGCAUUUAGAAUCGUGAGGAGACCAUGGGAAUAUUCACAUAGGAAGGGAUUUAGAAGUACUUUCGAUCGAGGGGUCCUACAGUUGUACUUCAACUUUGGGAGAACGUUCUACAGGAAGUAA